UUCACCCACCCAUCCACCACCAGCUCCCGGGAGCUGCUACGCAGCUGGCUGGGAAAGAAAAGGGAGAGUGCUCCGCCGGGAGCGGGGAGCGAGUAGGGUGGCGUCUCCAGGGAUUUAACCUCCUACCCUCAGUUCCAUGACGCCACCCCCUCCCUCCAAAGACUGGGACAGCGCCUCCAUUUUUGUUUUGGGGAGGAAGGGCAGGGGCUUGCGGAUAGAAGGGGGUCAAAGGAACGGUGAUUAUCACCUGUGAGGGGAAAGGGGGUGCUGUCCUCCCUCCUUCCCUUUUCCUCAGCCUGCACCCCCUGCAACCCCCCACCUUUCGGGGUCUCCCCCCGCCCUUGUUGCUAAGGCCCGGACCGUCAUCCCAGCAACAGCCUCAGUCAUGUGACCGGCAAUGGCGGCGCUGACGAGAGCUGCAUUUGGAAGUGUUGUGGAGACAGCCCCGUAGCCCAAUGCGACCAGACUCAGGGAAAACAUCAGGCCCCUCCAGUUGAGCCCUUGUGUGAGCCCCGCCCCUCCCUAAAUGCCAGACUUGGGAGCUGACAGCACUGCCUGUGCUGGGUUUAAAAGCUGAGUGGAAAUAGAAGGAUUUCUGCUGCCAUCAUCUUCCAUGGGCUUUCCAGGUCACACGACCUACAAGUAGGGAGCAGGGAAAGAAGAGUGAGCCUGCAUGCCAAUUCUAAGCUCUUCAGGAUCAAAUGUCGUUCGUCCUGUCCAGAAUGGCAGCCUGUGGAGGCACCUGCAAGAACAAAGUGACUGUGUCCAAGCCUGUGUGGGACUUCCUGAGCAAAGAGACCCCAGCCCGGCUGGCCCGGCUUCGGGAGGAGCACCGUGUGUCCAUCCUCAUAGAUGGCGAGACUUCUGACAUCUAUGUUCUCCAGCUUUCCCCACAGGGUCCUCCCCCGGCCCCUCCAAAUGGGCUCUACCUAGCCCGGAAGGCUCUCAAGGGGCUGCUCAAAGAGGCAGAGAAAGAGCUGAAGAAAGCUCAGAGGCAGGGGGAGCUGAUGGGCUGCCUGGCUCUGGGGGGUGGAGGGGAGCACCCUGAGAUGCACCGCGCAGGCCCACCCCCUCUCCGAGCAGCCCCACUUCUGCCCCCAGGAGCUCGGGGGCUCCCCCCUCCUCCUCCCCCCCUGCCCCCACCUCUUCCUCCUCGCCUUCGGGAGGAGGCAGAAGAGCAGGAGAGCACCUGCCCCAUCUGUCUGGGGGAGAUCCAGAAUGCCAAGACAUUGGAGAAGUGCCGGCAUUCAUUCUGCGAGGGCUGCAUCACCCGGGCUCUGCAGGUGAAAAAGGCCUGCCCCAUGUGCGGCCGCUUCUAUGGGCAGCUGGUGGGCAACCAGCCCCAGAAUGGGCGGAUGCUGGUCUCUAAGGACGCCACCCUCCUACUGCCCAGCUAUGAGAAGUACGGCACCAUUGUCAUCCAGUACGUCUUCCCGCCCGGUGUCCAGGGGGCUGAACACCCAAACCCAGGAGUUCGGUAUCCUGGCACCACACGGGUGGCCUACCUCCCGGACUGCCCUGAGGGCAACAAGGUGCUGACCCUGUUCCGCAAGGCGUUUGACCAGCGUCUCACCUUCACUAUCGGCACGUCCAUGACCACAGGGAGACCGAAUGUCAUCACCUGGAACGACAUCCACCACAAGACCAGCUGCACAGGGGGACCCCAGCUGUGCGACCCCUCUUCAUUUCCUUUCCCUUGGCUCCUCCCCUUUGUUCCAUUUCCACUGAGGGACCCACCAACCCCUCGCUCACGGAGCCUCCUAACUGGAGAGAACCACUUCCAAAUUGUUCAGCCAUCUCAGUUUCUCCUACAUUCAACCUGGUCCUGGUGUGCCCAGCUUAGCCUACAAAAAUAAGCAGAAUUGGGCUAAAUUAUCUUGGAUUUGGAGGUGUCCUCCCUUAGGGAAGGUGGGGAGGUGUCUGAGCCACCUAGAAUGAGGGUGAGCAUGGGGAUAAUAGCAAGUUCAAACAGCUAACAACCCUCACCCUCAUUUCUCUUUGCUCCCAGGUUUGGGUACCCAGACCCCACCUACCUGACCCGGGUGCAAGAGGAGCUGAGAGCGAAGGGUAUCACAGAUGACUGAAGGACAUCGCCUUUGCCAAGGCCCCUGCUGUCCGCCUCUACUAGGACCCAGCAGAAGCCUCUUUCUCCUCUCUGCCCCCUGCCCCCCACACCACACCUGUAGGGGACCUGUCUGACUGGGAAGGGAGUUCCGAGAGGGAGAGGGCAAUCCCUUCCCCCAUCCCCCACUGGCCAAGUGUUUCAGUGCAGUGUGAGCCACUCCCUUCUGGCAGAGGCCGACCUCCAAGGCUCUGUUCUCCCCUCCCCGUGUACAUAUACUCCCGGUUUCCCUGCCCCUCCAUUGCCCUUGGCUUUUUCUGGUAUGUGCUGUGCUCCAUGACCAAGCCGAGAAAGGACCUAGGGUGGGGAAGGGAGGGUCUCUUGAUUCCUAACCGCCCCCGCAUACUGCUCCACCGCUGAACUUCGGGUGCCGGGGAGGAGAAACUGGGCUGAUGUGAGCUCCCCGUCACCCCCCAUGGAGCCGGCUGUGUGUGUUCAUCAGAUACAGUUCUCCCUUAACCUUGUCCUUUCUCUCCUGUGUCUCAGUCUCCGUCAGUCUGUCUUUCUCCGCUUUUCUCUGACCCCUGUGAGGAACCUCCUUACCCUGUUCUGGAAUCGCUGCCAGACUGUAGCUUUUAAUUUAAUAAAAAUAAAGUAAAAUAUGCAACUCUUUA